GAGCUGUAGAAAAAGACUGCAUGCAAUAGAGAGAGAGAGAGAGAGAGAGAGAGGUUGGUCGUUUCUCUAUCUCGCGACUCACCUCCGCCCAGUAGAAUAGAACUUGUUCUAGCUUAUUCGUUCUGCAACUUCAAUCUGCAUGAUCAGGGUUUUCGACUGACAAGAAACCAUUAUUUGCUUCGAAAUAUCUAGAUUCAUUUUCCCUAGGUUUUCCAUCUCUUAAUUUGUACUUUUUUUUUUCCUACAAAAACAAAAACAAAAAAAGAAAAAUUCUACUUUUGGAGAUUUGUAUGUGAAUUAGAGUUUUAAGGAAAUUAAUUAUUUGUAUAAAGGGACCGAAUUAUAUAUCUGUGAAUGUUUUUCUAGUAUUCGGAAGAUUGUUGAGCUUUUGUAUGCCCUAAUGUGAGCAAAGUACGAAGGAGUUGUCGACUUGUGCUAGGGUUUCUCUGUUUCCAUGGGGAGCACCGGGGAGCCAGACCGUAAGCGCAGGCACUUGAACUCUAUCUCCCCCACGGCAACUGCUGCUAAAAAGCAGCCUUCUUUGCCAUUUUCGGAAGAUAAAAAGCUUGACACUGCUGUACUGCAAUAUCAAAACCAAAAGCUUGUUCAGCAGCUAGAAGCUCAGAAAACCGAAUAUUCUGCCCUUGAGAAUAAAUUCUGUCAGCUGAAGGAGAAACAAAGUGGUUAUGAUGAAACAUUACUACUGGUUAAUAGGUCGUGGGAACAGCUGGUUGAAGACUUAGAAUCUUGUUCUAUUCGUGUGAGAACCUCCAUUGGCAGCAGAAAGGAUGCAGGCUAUUCUUCAGAUGGGGCAUCAUCUCCUGCUGAGGAUGCUUUUCUUGAAAGACUCUUAGAGACAGGUGCAACAGAUAGUUGUUCUGCAAAUGACUCCCUUAAUCAUUUUGAAGAUGAUAAGCAAAUAUCUUGCAUGAAAACUACAAACAUCUUAAGAAAUAUAGUUGUUGCCGUUAAUGACCUGUGGUAUUUUAAGAAUGGGAUUUCUGGUGCACUUCUGGAAGCAUUUUCUGAAGAUGAGCUCAGCAGACAUGGCAGACACAAGACAUCUAAUGACUUACGGUCAGAGGUUAAGAACUUACGGGUGGCUCUCGGUGAUCUUCAUUUGAAGCACAAGAAAUUGGCAUAUGAGGUGCGUCGCCGUCAAGACACCAAUGCAAAGAAUAAAGCUGAACUCAAGCGUCUCACAGGAGAGUUGGAGAGUACUUUUGCAGAGUUGGGUGAUAGCAACUCUAAACUGGCAACUCUCAAAGCACAAAGGGAUACAGCGCAAAGUGCAUUCUUCCCUGUCUUAAAUGUGGGUGGUAGACAGGUUGCUGGAGAUAAGGCCCGAGAUAGGCAGCGAGAUAUGCAAGAUAUGGAGUCUACACUCAAGGAGUUGUCGGAAUUGGCUUCACGUCGAUUGGUAGAACUCAAGGAUCUUCACAAAGAAAGGAUAGAAAUUCUGAAGCAGUUGUGUCAUUUGCAGAACAGUUUGAAGGAUGUGAAGCAAAUCUGCUCUUCCAAUGCUUUUCUGUUUGGAAGAGAUCAGCUUGAAAGAUCAAAAGCAGAAGUGAUCCGGUAUCAGUCCUUAUUUGAGAAACUACAGGUCGAGAAAGAUAAUUUCACGUGGCGGGAAAAGGAAGUGAACAUUAAAAUUGAUUUAGCUGAUGUUUUUCGAAGGGCCUCUGCAAGCGCUGAUUCUAGGAUGGGUGAACUAGAGAAGGAGAUACAGAAACGAGUUGAUGAAAGAAAUAUUUUUGGGGCUAGGCUGAAAGGCAUUUCAAGAGAACCUGUUCUCAAUCCAAUCUGCUUGAUAAUGCUUUGGAAUCUUUAUGGGUGCAACUUUAAUUCCCUUGUUGUGCCCUUAUUUUUGCAUAGUUUUGAUGAGCUUAUGUGGAUUUUUCAGGUCCAAGAUUUGAAGGAGAGUGAUCAGGAGCUAAAAUUAAUUCUGGAAAUGUAUAGACGUGAAUCCACUGAUUCCAGGGAUAUCUUAGAGGCUAGGGAUCUAGAGUACAAGGCGUGGGCACAUGUUCAAAGUCUGAAAUCUUCUCUUGAUGAGCACAGCUUGGAACUCCGUGUCAAGGCAGCAAAUGAAGCUGAAGCCAUAUCUCAACAGAGGCUGGCUGCAGCAGAAGCUGAGAUUGCUGACCUGAGACAGAAGUUUGAAGCCUCUGGAAGUUAUAUAUCUGAACUCAAGGAAGUACUGAAAUCUAAGCACGAGGAAGGUGAAGCAUAUCUAUCAGAGAUAGAGUCUAUUGGUCAAGCGUAUGAAGAUAUGCAAACUCAAAACCAACACCUGCUGCAACAAAUCACGGAGAGAGAUGAUUAUAACAUCAAGCUUGUUUUAGAGGGUGUAAGGGGAAGACAACUACAAGAUGCUAUGCUCAUGGAAAGACAAACCAUGGAGAGCAGGUUGCUGCAAGCAAAUGCUUUACUGGAUCUAUAUGACCUGAAGGCUGCGCGAAUUGACGAUCAGCUGAAAAUGUACUUAGAGCAGGUUCAGAAACUUACAGAAGAUCGGCGACAUAGCUUAGCUACUUUAGAGAAUACCCAAAAAAGAUUGACAGAUGUAAGGAAAGAAUCUCAGCAGUUAAGGAGUUCACUGGAGGAAUCACAGUCCAAGGUUGCGAGAAACCGAGGAAGUAUUGGAGAGCUGCAGGUAGAACUAGAGAAAGAGAGGUUUGACAAGAAAAGGGUGGAAGAAGAAUUGGAUGUUAUGGCAAGGAAAGCUGCACGUCUCAGUGCACACAAUGAAGGGUCAUCUGUUGUGGAAAAACUUCAGAAGGAAAUCAGCGAAUAUAGGGAAAUACUCAAGUGUGGUAUCUGUCGUGAUGGCCCGAAGGAGGUUGUAAUAACAAAAUGCUUCCAUCUGUUCUGCAACCCCUGCAUCCAGAGAGUCCUCGAAACUCGCCAGCGGAAGUGUCCGUUAUGUGCUGUGACUUUUGGGCCUAAUGAUGUCAAAGCUGUUUACAUAUGAGCAAAAACAUGUGCUGUGUACUGCCUCUCAUAGUUGAGAAUCGCCAUAACUCCAGGUUCAUGUUACAAGAGACUUCCGAGUUCUGGACAGCUGCAGUAGUAGACUUGUUCUACAUUGUCGUUGGGAAAUGCUGUAGAAGAGGGAAAAGUAAAUAUGGGCAGGUAAUCUUGAAGGUUGUGUUCUGCUUCCCUCUCCACACAUGGCAAGAUGGCGCUCAUAUUUGCGUGGUGGUUUGGUUCUUAGGUUGUGGAUUGGUCACACCUUGAGUUUUGCCAUAUCUGUGUAUAAGUUAGUUGUACCAUUUUACUUACUAGAGCAACUGGAAUGCCUUGACUGAUUAUUUCUAGAUCCCCUAGAAUACCGCUUUUUUGCCAUUGACUUUUGCCCAGAGAUCUUUCGAGGUGGGGUGGUCAGCGUGGCAAUUAAGAAUACCGUUGGUGAGCUCCACCAACUGAGUCCAGAUGCAUUCUUUAUUGCAUGUUGCUUAUUGUUCUUGAACAUAAUGUAGGGUGUUACUGUUCAGCUGAUAGAUUGGGAUGCAUUCCUUAACUUGGUAUAGUGAGGUUUAUAGGUUGGUAAGUUUCUCUUGGUAUCAUGUAAAUCAAUUUAGCUUUUUUUUAAAAGAAAAUUUUCUUUAAAUGUAUGAUAUCAAUGUUUUUCACA